UAUAAAGAACAGAUAAAAUAAAAAAUAAAUAGUUUUUUACUUUCUAGUGUCUUGUCUAGUAACCGUCUACUAUUAACUAUUAACGUGUUUUUUUUAAAAAUUAAAAUUCACUAUACAGUUGACAUUUUGAAUUAUAAAUUGAACCUAUUAUACCUAGUGUUAUUUAUUUUUUCGUUAUUACCAUUUUUGAACAGUUUUUUUUUUUGUUCUCACUUGAUCAAAAUGGUUAGGAUGUGCUCAAUUCCACUUUGUAAAGGUGUUACAUCAAAACAACAUAAUGUUAAACUACAUAAGUUUGCAGCAUCAGAAAAACUCCGACAUAUAUGGCUACAUCGAAUUAAGUCGUAUUAUCCUAAUUUUAAAAUUAGUAACAGCAGUUUAGUAUGUAGUAAACAUUUUUCUGAAAUUGAUUUCAUAAAAAACGCUAGGUCUGAAACAUUUUCACUUCAUAAAGAUGCGGUACCCUCGUUGUUUGACGUCCAAGAAUGUGUGUAUGUUUUUAGUGAUAGUGAACUUGAUGGUGGUUCGAAUAUUCCUAUUCCAUCUAUUGAUGAUGUUAUGGAAGUUACACAAACAGAGAUGAAUGAUAUUUCCAAUAUUUCUGGACCAUCAAACAUUGAUGUUUUAAAAGCUACACAAAGUUUGGAUUUUCAAGUACCAGUAAAUUCAAAAAGUAUGAUGAAUGCCACCAAUAACGCCAUGGAAAGAAAAAUAUUAUUUGGUGAUUUUAAAGCUGAUGAUUUGAAUACUCCAAGAAAGCUCAUACAAUAUUGGGAUGUAUCUCAACAAACUGUUAACAAAUACAAAUAUAUAAUAAAAAUGUUACACAAUAAGAAUGCUUGGUUAACAAAGAGAGUUCAAAAUUUAUGCCAAACGAUUAAACAUCUGAAAGAAGAGAAGACAAUUUUGGAUAACUGUUUACGUCCUUAAGGAAUGAUAAUUUUAAGAUAAUCAAAAUGAGAUAAUCAUGGUUUGGAUGAAAUAUUAUUCUUAGGAUGGUACAAUGGACUGUGAACUAAAAACGACAUGAUGGGGUGAUGGGCUGGUCUACCAUGGUAGUGGAAAUGCUACAAAUCCUUGAUAAGGUGCCAGAGUGUUACUAUUGUAUCAACCUUAUGUGCUGGCAUUGUCCAAAAUUAUACUACGAAUUAUGUUGAAGAUUUUAAUUUCAAAAGACUAUACCUACAACUACUGAUAUGAUGAAAAGAGAUGUGUGUUUACUGUUCCUAAUAAUAAUAAAUAUUCUUGCAAGUUGCAGUCUCGCUGAAUGACAAAAAUUAUGCAUAUUUAACCAGCAUAUCAAGCAGGCAGCAGCUAUAAUGAACACUUAUAUUAUAGCAUUAUUGUUCUGAUUAAGUAAAUUCUAUAUAAUAUCAAAACAAUAUUUGAAGUGUUUAAAGGAAUUAAGACUUAGAUUAUAAUAUUAACUCUAGGAAUAAACAGUUGUUUUUGUUAAAAAUUCAAUACACAUAUACUUAUAUUCUUAUUAUAUAAAUGUAUUUAUUUUUUUUUAGUACCAAUAACCAGCCCCAAUACACGAUCUCAAAAAGAUUGUGAUAAUAUAUUACUAGAGGAUUUAUUAAAAUGUUUGCUAAACAUAUGAUGAUUUAUUGAAUGAUCUUGGUAUUCAUGGAAAAAAUCAACUGGACGAUCAUCAUUUUUAUAAAAAUUGUAAUGUCAUUGAGAAUUCUUGGUAGCAACAACAAAAUCAGUGAGAUUCAUCAAGAUUCUGAAUCUAUAUUGUAGUGUUUGUUAGAAAGAAUAUCUAGAAAGAACAACUACUCUCUUUUCACCAAAUUUAGAUGAUGUUAUGAAAAAAAUAAUUGCACGGUUUAGUAAAACUCCAUAUUAGCGCAAGUGGCUACACUUUCACCAAGAUGUUGGAAUAAUGGCUGUGGAUAUUUGCAGUUCAUACUGAGAAGAUCAUCUAGCAGAAAACACAUAGACAAUUUUUAACCCAAAUUUAAUGAUGCAAACUAUGGAUUUAAUAAAAGCUGGAUCUACAUUAAGAUUUAAGACCCAUAUUUUCACAUUGUUAAUGUUUAUUGAGACUAUAAAUAUUAGUGAUUGGCAACAAUAUAAUUUUGUGUAUCGAUAUUGUUCCGAUUUUACCGAUAUUGUAUCGUGAUAUCAUAAGCUAUCGUAAGUUGAACAAUAUCAAUAUUGUAUCGAAAAUGUCUAAAAUAUUUUUAAAUAUUAACUACCUACUUAGUACUCAUAAGUUAUUACUCAUUAAAAAUUAAUAAUCAUUAUUUAUUAAUUCAAAAAUUUGUUUUACAUUGCUAAUUGAAGAUAAGAAAAAAAACUUGUUACAAUAAUUCCAGAUAUUGUAUCGAAAUAUCAAUACUGUUGCCAUCACUAAUAAAUAUAUUAGGUAAAUGAUUAGCCCAAAGCCAAGUUUUAAUUAUAUUCUUUAAUAUUAUAUAUUAUAUGAAAAUAUGUGACAUGGUUCACAAACAGCUAAAGGAUCAAUAAAAAAAAUUUAUUAUUACCUAUUUAUUUU